UGACAGUAAGAGAUGAUGUUUGAAUGAUGUGAAAGACAUUCAUCAGGAUCAGGCAAUGAAGAUCACACAGCUCCACAUCUGUCUGUUCAUGUGGUUUGAAGCCAUAGAGAGUCUAACAAACAUUGCAGUAACUUUAGGAGCUGAUGUGAAUAUAACCUGUGAUCUGGAUAUAGAGGAGAUUUACUGGUACAGACAGAAAUCUCCAGAUCCUCCAGUGUUGAUCUUACGCACUUUUGAUCGCACAGUAAAAGCAGCUAAAUAUGAAAACAGCAUCAUCACACACAAAUACUCAGUGAAACCUAACAGCAGUCUGUUCAUCGUAAACAUUAGCACUGAUGAAUUAGCGGUUUAUUAUUGUGUCAAAACUAGAGAACCAUUCAAAUUCAACAACGGCACCAAGAUCUACAUCACCGAUCCCACAGACAAAAAUCAGACACAUGAUGCUCCACAACAACAGAUAAAACAACUAAGAUACCUGAUCAUCGCUUCUGUCCUGCUCAAUGUGCUGUUGGUCAUUGCAGCAUUAGGCUUGGGGAAGAGCUACAUUCAGACAAGAACUAAAACGAGUUCGGACAACCGACAAAGUAACACUGCAGUACAAUACUCAGUUGAUUCACAAUAUGCAGGAGUGAAUCUUCCCACGCCACCCACUGAAAACAGACAUUGCGAGGAGACGAGCUUGUACUCUCUUCUACAGCCUAUAAGACCUGUAUGAAGUAAUGUACAUUUAUAAACAUGUCAGAUUAUAUUUAUAAACUUUUAUCUUUUCUGUAAUUUAAUGACUUUAGUGGUGUAUAAUUGUAAAAUAUUUAAAAUUGAAAAAAAAAAAACCUAACAUGUUCAGAUGUCUUAUGCAGUGGUGGAAAGAGUACUGAAAAAUCAUACUCAAGUAAAAGAACCAUUACUUGUCUAAAAAUGUAGUGCAAAUAGAGUAAAAUUAUUUGUUGUAAAUAUUACUCAAAGUAUAAGUAAAAUGUAGCCCUUUUAAAAUUACUCAUAAGUAGUGAGUAUUACGCUGUUAAAAGCUAAUGCGUUUACAUGUAAUUUGUACGUGUGUGUAAACGUAACAUUCUGUAGUGCAUCUAAUUAUUGCCUAGCAGGCACACAAUGUCAUAAGACGUUAAUAUUAGGUUAGAUUUAGGUUGUGAUGUCACGUGAACAAAAUUCAAUGUUUAUCUAGCGUCUAAGGACAACGUUUUUUUGAUGUCCAAUAAUGAUGUCAAUUGACGUUGAUAUUUGGUCAAUUUUGGGUUGUUAGAAUGUGACCAAAAUCCAGUGUCGAGCCAACAUCUUAAACCAACAUCAUAUUGACGUCAAAUACUGACGUUUAUUCAUCAGUUAUUGCAACCAAAAUCCAACGUCUGAUGGACGUCAAAGUGGUAACGUCCACACAAUGUCAAGCUGUAACAUCAUUAGACUGAUAUUUGGUUGAUUUUAGGUUGGAUGUUGGCUUGAUGUUGAGUUCUGAUGUCAACCUAAUUUUCAUUUCCGAACAAAAUGGAAAUGACGUAAGGGUACAAUGUCAGCCUGAUGUCAUGUUGAUAUCUUGUGCCUACUGGGUGUUUAAGAACAUUUCGGUCAUCAUACAAUUGCCCAUGUCUUGAGGUUGUUCAUUAUGAUGUGAUUUAUCUUCUAUGUGCAAUUUGAUUGGACAGGAAUCACAGGACUGAUUUUUCUAAUCCCCAUAGUCAGGAAAAAAUAAAGAAGUGACUGCAGGUUGAAGGAAAGUAGUGGAGUAAAAGUACAGAUACAUCACUAAAAAUGUACUCAAGGGAAAGUAAAAGUACACAUUUUUAAAAAUACUUAGUAAAUUACAAUUCCUGAGAAAAACUACUCAUUUACAGAAAUUUGAGUAUUUGUAAUUAGUUACUUUACACCACUGGUCUUAUGUUACAUUGUAUACAACUGUAUAUCAAAUGUAAAGUGUGAAACAGAAUGAUGAAGAUCUGUUCAUUGUAUUUUUUUUUACUGAAAUUUAUUUCACACUUAAGUACUUGUGUGAUUACAUAGUAAACAUAACUAUUAGUUCUUAAAUGCAAAUUUUAA